AUGUCUCUCCUCGCCCAAAUCAAACAAAAAGUCGGUGCCGAAGGUGUACCAAAGCUUUCUGGUCACCACCCACUCGAUCCUCUAACUUCCCAAGAAAUUGCGAAGGUAGUAUGGAUUGUUCGUGGGGAUAAAGGCCAAUUGGGAUAUAAUGCUGUUACCCUUCACGAGCCAAAGAAGACUGAAUUGACAGCAUGGCUACUCAAUACAGCGGAUACUCCAAAACCUGCUCGGCAGGCUGAAGUCAUCGCCAUUGCCAAAGACGGUGGUGUUUGGGACGGCAUUGUCGACAUAGAUGCUGGAAAAAUUAUAAAAUGGGAAAAGCUGGACGGUGUUCAGCCAUUGAUAACAAUGGAGGACCUCAUCGAGACCGACAAGUUCGUUAGACAUGAUCCAAAAGUCAUCGAACAAUGCGGAAUCCUCGGCAUCCCCCCAAGUGAUAUGCACAAAGUCUAUGCUGACCCAUGGACAAUCGGCUAUGACGAACGCUUCGGAAACAAGCAGCGUCUUCAACAGGCCCUCAUGUACUACCGCCCAAACCCAGACGACUGCCAAUACGCCUUCCCACUUGACUUUUGUCCAAUCGUUAACACCGAGACAAAAGAAGUAAUCCACAUUGACAUUCCCGAUGUCCGGCGUCCUCUAAACAAAAUUCCAAGCAAUUAUAAUCCCAAGGACAUCGAAGCAGACGGCGGAUUUCGCAAAGAUAUCAAGCCGUUGCAUGUGGUACAACCCCAAGGCGUAUCGUUUUCUCUCGAAGGAAGAGAGCUUUCAUGGCAAAACUUCAAAUUCCAUAUUGGAUUUAAUUAUAAGGAGGGAAUCGUGCUCAACAAUAUCACAUAUAAUGAUAAAGGAAAUGAAAGGCCUAUCUUUUGGAGGCUAUCAUUAGUGGAGAUGGUGGUGCCGUAUGGAAAUCCUGAUAUGUGGCAUUUCAGGAAACAUGCUUUUGAUCUGGGCGAAUACGGCGGAGGCUACAUGACCAAUUCGUUAGCUUUGGGCUGUGACUGUUUGGGUGAAAUCCACUAUCUUGACGCCAACUUUGUUAACAGGGCCGGUGAUCCUGUCACGAUCAAGAAUGCGAUAUGUAUUCACGAAGAAGACGCCGGUAUCCUAUUCAAACAUACGGACUUUAGAGAUAACUCUGUAAUCGUCACUAGAGGGCGUAAAUUAAUCGUCUCCCACAUCUUCACCGCCGCAAACUACGAGUAUUGCGUCUACUGGAUCUUCCACCAAGACGGUACCAUCCAACUUGAGAUAAAACUCACUGGUAUUCUGAAUACCUACGCCAUGGCGCCCGGUGAGGAUACCAAAGGAUGGGGCACUCAAGUCCACCCUGGCGUCAACGCCCACAACCAUGAACAUCUCUUUUGCCUACGCAUAGAUCCCCAAAUUGAUGGUCACAACAAUACAAUCUUCCAAGUCGAUGCCGCUCUCGGUGACGGCGAGGUGGGCUCCGCCCAAAACCGUUAUGGUAACGCCUUCUAUGCCAACAAGACGAAAUACUCCACAGUAGCAGAAGGCGUAGCAGAUUACAACGGCGAUACCUCUAGAACGUGGGAUAUCGCCAAUACUAACAAAUUACACCCUGUCAGUGGCAAGCCUGUCUCGUAUAAGCUUGUGAGCAGGGAGGUACCGAAGCUUUUGAUCAAGCCGGGCGGGUUAGUUCAUAAACGAGCUGGGUUUGCGAGACAUGCUGUUCAUGUUACGAAAUACCAAGACGACCAAAUCUUUCCCGCCGGGCGUCACGUCCCUCAAUCCUCCGGCGACCCUUCACUCGGUCUUCCAGAAUGGAUAGAAUCCACCGCCACAGAAAGCAUAGAUAACCAAGAUAUCGUCCUCUGGCAUACAUUCGGUCUCGUCCACUUCCCAGCACCAGAAGACUUUCCGGUUAUGCCAGCCGAACCAAUGAGUUUGCUACUCCGACCCCGUCAUUUCUUUCUUAGAAAUCCAGUGUUGGAUGUACCGCCUAGCUCAUCGAUCGUUCCGACUGCCGUUGGGAGUGCUAAUGGCGACGGGGUGGUGAAGGCGGCGGAUGGGAUGAGUAAGUUGGCGUUUGGGGAGGAGAGUAUAAAUGGAAGUGGAUGUUGUAAGGCUUAG